AUGGCCCUGGUAUCGCUUCUGGGGUCCUCCCGACUGGCCAGGCCAUUGCUGUUGCGCCGGUGUGCGGCGUCUGCACCUCUGCAAGCGCUGGGCCCGAAUUCGCCAUCAUCCUCUUCGCGUACCGGGCUGGCGCAGGUAACCCGAACUGGCGAAGACAAGCCGGCUUCAUUGUCCGCCUGGUGGAGGCGUCGGCAAGACGGCGGGAGCGCGCGGGCGCUUCCGCCCGAAGUGGCGCAGCGGCUGAGCCAGGAGUUGGCGCAAUAUGCUGCUGACCUCCAGCCCAGUCCGGAUCUGGUCGCCCAAAAGGAUGAGUUCCUGAAGAGGCUUCAGCUGCCUUGGUAG